UUUUUGGCAACAUCAUGAGGAAUUGAAAUUUGUUUCCGGUUUAUUAUUUUGCUUUUGUAAUUUGAUAAAUGUAUUUAAAUAUAUGAGAUUUUAUUCGUUUUGCUAGAAGUUUACCUGAAGAAAAAUCAUAGGAAACAACUUCAAACUUUAGCUCAAUGGCGGUCUUGCCUCGGCGGAUAAUUAAGGAAACUCAACGUUUAAUGGCUGAACCUGUUCCUGGAAUCAGCGCUAUUCCUGAUGAAAGCAAUGCUCGUUAUUUCCAUGUUGUUGUUGCGGGGCCUGAAGAAUCUCCUUUUGAAGGUGGAGUUUUUAAAUUAGAAUUAUUUUUACCUGAGGAAUAUCCUAUGUCAGCUCCGAAAGUAAGGUUUAUGACCAAAAUAUAUCAUCCUAAUAUUGAUAAAUUAGGCCGUAUAUGUCUAGAUAUUUUAAAAGAUAAAUGGAGUCCAGCAUUACAAAUACGAACUGUGUUGCUUUCCAUUCAGGCUUUACUUAGUGCUCCUAAUCCAGAUGAUCCACUGGCAAAUGAUGUUGCAGAACAAUGGAAAAUAAAUGAAGCAGAAGCAAUAAAAACGGCUAAGGAAUGGACUCGUCUAUAUGCUAUGAAUAAUUAAAAAAAUUGACUGUGGCAUAACUGUUUUAGUCUAACUUGGACUUCUAUAAACACAUGUUGACUCCUGAAAUUGGUUGUCCUGUGUCUUGGCUUGACUAAAAUAUCUGCUUACCACUUAUGUAAUACAGGGGUUCUUUCUUGCAUCAUACAGUUUCAAUUGUUGGCAUAUGCACUUAAAACUUGAACAAUUUAUUUUUGAAUUUGGCAUCUUGUGAAACAAGUAAAAUUUUUCUUGUCAUUGUUAUUCACUUACCUAUUAUUCUAAAAAGAAAAGGUCAAAAGAUGUGUAAUUUCUCUCCUAAAUUGUAAUUACUAUUUUUGAUUGUUAAUAACUCGAAAUUUGAAUUUAUUGUGGGUUGUAAAUUUUUUUCUGAAAUAUAAAUGUUUGUAAUUAUUUUUUACUACUUGCAUAUAUAUAUAUAUUUUUACAUAAUCAUUAAGGCAUUGCAUCUAACUCUUACCAAGUCUUUUUGAAAUUAGAAAUCAGCAAACCGAAGGACAUAACUAUAUUGCUUUUAAAUAUAAUAUUUUGUGACCAUAAUAAGAAACUUUUUUUAAAUAAAAAUAAUAAUAAAAAAUAAAAAACGCUCUCUAUCAUUCAACAUGAAAGUUUAAUACUUAAUGGAAUUGCAAGGCCAAUAUUAAUAUUUUAGAAUCCAUUUUGUUUGAAGCUCUUUUAUGAGUAGUUAUCAAAAGUUAUUUUAUUACAGUGAUUUUUUUUUUGAUGUCUUAUAUUAUAUUAUUUAUAAAAUUAUACAGUUAAUAAUAUUUUUUGUAAAGUGAAAGAUUUUCUAUUUCGUCAAUAAAAUCUUUUUGAUUAAUAAA